CCAGUUUAUAACCCCAACAUCCGCUGCUUGUCAGCAUUGUGAUCGCAGAAUACAUCGGGACCAAACGAAGCCGCGUUAUGAUGACUGUCUGCGUGCACAGCUGUAGCCCAGUCACAUUUUCUCCAUCCAGUUGAAUUCUCCGAGCAGAGCUGCGUGAAAACGAACCUUUGGCACAACAGCAGUCACACACAAUCUCCCUCUCAGAGCGUUCUCGCUGGCGCGUACUUUGCACCGAGACAUUCCUCCGAGGCUUCUCCUUUCUUUCAUCUGGAGACUGAAACUUAAAGGACUUUCCCGUCGCAGGGCAGAGAACAGGGGGACGCACGGAUAGAGUCAGUGCGGUAAAUGUAGCAGCGGGCUGUGUGUCUUACUGAGCGGUGCUGUUGGACUAGCCGAGAACGCACCGCGUCCGGUCCCACAUCCUCCUUUUUAAUUCCCCCCUCCCCGUCCCUCCAAGGGUGUCCCGAACACGACCACCAUGAUUCUGAACGGAUUUGCGCUCGUUCUUUACCUCUCAGGUGUUUUGCCAUCCUCAGCAUCCAUCUCUAACUUCCCUGCCCCCACCAUCGACUGUGUUGAAGCUCAUCGUGCGUGCUCUGUUGAACCCACGUGCGAGACAUUGUAUCGAGGCUUGGAGCUAUGCGCAGAAGAUGCAGCGGUGUCCCCGCAGGCAGAACUGUUGGCAUCUGAGUGUCUGGAGAAACGGGAUGCCCUGCUAGCCAAACACCCCUCUCUACUGACCUGCAAAUGUCAGCGUGGUUUCCGUAAGGAGGAGCUGUGCCUGCGCAUAUACUGGAGGGUUCGCCUGCUGCCAGGGGAGGAGGAGCUGGAAAUAUCUCCAUAUGACGACAUGCUUGUGGAUACACACAUGGCUUCGUUAGUUGCAGCCUCAUCUUUCAUGCAACUGGGUGGUGAGAACCAGUGCUUGAAGGCAGCACAAGACUGUGGCUUGUACGAAAAGUGUGGUAACCUACGAUCAGAAUAUGUGCUAGCCUGCACGAAGCCGACUCCUGGUACCAACAGAUGUAACCAACACAAAUGCCACCGAUCAUUACGUCGCUUUCUGGAGCGGGUGCCAGAAGAGUACAGCCUGGGUGUCCUGUUCUGCCGCUGCACUGAUACCUUGUGUGGUGAGAGGAGAAGGAAAACCAUUGUACCCUCCUGCUCCUACCACGACAAAGAAGGUCUGCAACCAAACUGCCUCCACCAGCAAAGCUUCUGUCGCCGAGACGACCUUUGCAGGUCCAGACUAGCUGAUUUCCUCAAUAACUGCCAGCCAUCUCAUCUGCCAACCAGUGGCUGCCUGAAAGAUUCACCAGGCCUCUGUCUCCGAGCCUACGCUGGACUCAUAGGUACCAUCAUGACGCCCAACUACAUCAGUAACAGCUCUGCAGAUGUGUCGCUGUGGUGCAACUGUGAAGGCAGUGGCAACCAGUGGCAGGAAUGUCUGAAACUGCAGCGCAUCUUCACCCACAACAGCUGCCUGCGUAAUUCCAUCAGCUGGAUGGGGAGCCUCGACUCGCUACCUGCAGACAUCACCCAACCUCCUGCGCCUAGACCCUCCCCGCUGGUUCAGAAGGAUGAACUGCUGAACAAUAACCACCUGCCUGAGCACAAUAACAUUGUGUUGGACAGUAAGGAAGAGGAGGAAUUGACACAAACAGAAGAUGAGCAGGAGGGUGCUGAUGGUGGCCAGUUUGAUGUCAUCCCGCUCUACUCAGAGAGGGCUACUGUGUCCAACCUGGGCUCUUCUGGGACUGGGGGGUCCACAUCUCUGACCACUGGCCCUGCUAAAGCCAUGCUACUCCUGCUUCUUCUCCUGUCAUUUUCCCUCAGCUGGCUGUAAUACAGAGGAUGGAAAGAAAUUACAUACACACAACUAUUUUAGAUUCAUUGCUGUAAAAUUAUAAUUCCAAAAUUGAAAAAAUGGACUUUGCCAUUUGUCUGUAGAAUCCUUCGAUCCCCAUGCUCUGCCCUCUAACCUAAACAAGGCUCUUUUUUUCUUUUCGAAUGUGACUGAAGGUAAAAGGUCUGACGAGCACAGAAAUCCUAGUUGUGGUAGGGUGUUCAUAUACUGCAGUUGCUUAACAAGCAUAAUAAAGCUGUUCAUAUCACCAGUCUAGAGAAAAAUUGAAAGUCGCUUGUUGUAGUCUCAGCAAAUACUUUCUGGCAGCGGUUUUGUGUCAUUUUGUACCACCCAAUUGUAAAGUUUAGACAAUAUUUUGAACUGGUAUAUAAAAGGCAUACAGAGUACAUACCAAAAUGCCUGAAACAAAGUUCUUAGCCCACAAUCACCACCCCACCCCCACGUCAUGAAAUGUAACAUUUAUGUCCAAAUUUUCCCAAGUGCUUUUUUAACAGAGCAAUGGAUUUUCAACAUAGCAUUCCCUUACUAGUUUUCUUUAGAAAGCAUAACCUAUUUCUUUUGCAUAUAAUAACAUAGUUACUACAGAAAAAAUCAAGUUAAUACUGAGGAUUAUCUGCAAAUUUAUAUGCUGUACUUUAGCAAGAGUUGUCACUAGAGAAAUUAUGAUACCAAAACCAAAAAACAAUUCACUUUAGACUGUUGAUGCCCAUAAAACAUGAGAUGGAUAUGCAGAGUUAUGAGUCCUUGACAGUGUUGAUAACUGGACUGAAAAGUGUAAUCAAGAAAUUGAAAGAGAGCCACACUGUACAGAAUAAGCCUGUCAAUUAAGCAAAAGAUUUCAAAGACACUAGAAAGAAAACUAGUGAGAGAUGCGUCUAAAACUACUUAGCCAGGUCAUGAAUUGUAGUCUCAAAGUACCACUAGAACACUGCAGAAGAGUGGACUGCAAGGUUACAGGCCAAGAAAAACUUCACUUCUACAGAACAGACAGUUACAAGCAAGACUGACAUAUGCUAAAGAUCAUGCGUGCCGGAAUUGCGCCCUGAGAGACGCUGCAUAUGUUUGGGAAAAGAAGGGAGAGGCUUACAACCCAAAGAACAGUCUCUGCAAUGAAACACGGUGGUGGGAGUAUGAUGCUGUAGGAAUGCUUCAGUGCUUCUGGAUCUGGGGAAUUUUGUGAAGGUGGAAAUAAUUAUAAAGAAAGAAGGAUUUAUGAAGAUUCUGAAAGAAAACUUCAAGCAGUCAGCAGUAAAACUGGCCCUGUUUCAUAUUCAUCUCAUUCUUUCAACAAAACAAAGAACCCAAACUGGCCUGUCCAAAGCCCUGAAUUGAAUCCCAUUAGGGUGGACCUAAGGUCCAUACCAGAAGAACAUCAAAUCUGGAGGACCCCAAGAGAUCUGCCAAAGGAGAAUGGGUUGGGAUUGCUCAUGAGAUGUUUGUGAGAUCAGUUCAAAACUACUACUAAGGAAUGAUUGCAGGCUGUUAUCCAGCAAAAAGGAUACAUAAUUGACUAUUAGCAUCAGAAGGGUCAAUAAUUUUGUCCCUGGUAAAAAACAAAGAAACCAAAAAAUGUUCAAAAGUGAUUUUGUAAAAUACUUUUGUUUCUGUGUCUAAAGUAAAAUAAUGUAAGCAUCCAAAAUAAAUGAGGAUGUUUUGAAAAGCUGUGUUAAAAAUUCCUUGCUUGGUUUAACAGUGCUUGGGAAAUACUUUUCACAGGGGGUCUAAUAAUCCUCCCCUUAUGUAAGAAAACUGUUAAAAAAUAAAUUAAAUAUGCUACACAAAUAUUACUAAAAUAUUUACUUCUAAAUUACAGCAGGUCAUAAAUCAAUUAAUUUUAUUUUUAUCAUGAUAACAUAACAUCAUCACCCUACAAUUUAAUUUACCACACUUUUUUCCCUUUUAGUCGAGGUUUUUAUUGCUAUUGCAGCUUAUUUGUUUGCCUUUAAGCAGGCAAAUUCUGCAAAGACAAAUUUAAUAAAAUGCCCCAGAUGUGCUUAAUUGAUCAUUGAUCAUCUGAACAUUACUGUAAGUUUAUGCUGUCCUAGUAAUCUGCAGCCGUCCUCCACCUUUUGCCACUGUCCGUCAUGAGCAGCAGUUAGUGCUGUUGCAUCACAACAAGAAGGUCCUGGGUUUGAAUCCAAACUCUGUGUAACAUUUGCACGUUAUACCCUUUUUUGUUGUUGUCACUUGUUUUGUUUUUUAACUUUAUGAAUAAUGAUUGGUGUCACUGGCUGCGACUUACUUGUCUAAGGGUCAUCCUGACAAUGACUGAAGGGAAAAGAGGUCUUGAUGUACAACUCACAAGUCAAACUUUAUCACAGUGAUGAAUGGAGCCUUCCCAGUCGCUCUGCCGCUGCCUCUGCUUUCCAGCCAUAGUGAAUGAUAAAUUACACGCUUGUCUCUCAGUUUAAGUGCCAAGUAUGUGAUGUGUGUGUUUGUGCAUACAAGUGCAGGGAUCAAGCAGAGACUGCAAAGAAAAUUGUCAAAAAUUGUCAUUAUAAUUUGACAAUUGCACUGUAACGUUGCCACCCUCAUUAGCACAGCCCUGGAUGCUUGGACAGACAUCCACAGCCCCCCAUUUGCACACAUGCUGCCUGCCAUAUAUCAAGACCAUGCAGCUCUCUCUUGCUUUAUUGCUCCAUCCCCGUCCCUUUGCCCUGCCACAGGCAGUAAUA